AUGGUGAAACGGUUAGCAGCGUCGUCUAGGGUUAACGAAUCGCCCGUAAUUCGCCGCACGAAGGAAGCUGCCUCCGACGCCGUCUUCGUCGCAAAGAAGCUUCUCCGCAGCACCGGAAAAGCAGCAUGGAUCGCUGGAACCAGUUUCCUCAUCCUCGUUGUUCCUCUCAUCGUUGCCAUGGACCGGGAGCAGCAGAUCAAUGAGCUGGAAUCUCAACAGGCUAACAUCCUUGGAACUCCCACUUCUCAUCCCCUUCCCCUUAGUAACUAA